UACAUUCCAAGCGGAAGUGAGGUGUCUCCUGAGCGUCGGGAUUUCCGGUUUGGAGAGAAGAGAGGAGUUGCUGUCAGUGGAGCUGGGCGCGUGAGGUCCCGGGCGGCCGGGUUGCGGGCUGCUGGACGUGGGACCAGGGAGAUGUUACGAACAGCCAUCAUGAUGGCUGCCAGCCUGGCCCUGACUUCCGCUGUGGUGGCUCAUGCCUAUUAUCUCAAGCACCAGUUUUAUCCCACCGUUGUGUACCUGACCAAGUCCAGCCCCAGCAUGGCGGUAUUAUACAUUCAAGCUUUUGUUCUGGUAUUCUUGUUGGGAAAAUUCAUGGGCAAGGUUUUCUUUGGACAGCUUCGAGCAGCAGAAAUGGAGCAUCUACUUGAGCGAUCGUGGUACGCCGUGACCGAGACCUGCCUUGCCUUCACAGUCUUCAGGGAUGAUUUCAGUCCUCGGUUUGUGGCCCUGUUCACCCUCCUUCUGUUCCUCAAGUGCUUCCACUGGCUGGCUGAGGAUCGGGUGGACUUUAUGGAGAGAAGUCCUAACAUUUCAUGGCUCUUUCACUUCCGCAUUGUUUCUUUAAUGGUUCUCCUGGGCAUCCUGGACUUCCUGUUUGUCAGUCAUGCGUACCACAGCAUCCUCACGCGGGGAGCCUCGGUCCAGCUGGUCUUUGGGUUUGAGUAUGCCAUUUUGAUGACCAUGGUGCUCACUAUUUUCAUCAAGUACAUCUUGCACUCCAUUGACCUCCAGAGUGAAAACCCCUGGGACAACAAGGCGGUCUAUAUGCUUUAUACGGAGCUCUUCACAGGUUUCAUCAAGGUCCUGUUGUAUGUGGCCUUCAUGACCAUAAUGAUUAAAGUGCACACCUUCCCACUGUUUGCCAUCCGUCCCAUGUACCUAGCUAUGAGGCAAUUCAAGAAAGCUGUGACGGACGCCAUCAUGUCCCGCCGCGCCAUCCGCAAUAUGAACACCUUGUACCCUGAUGCCACCCCAGAAGAGCUGCAAGCCAUGGACAACGUGUGCAUCAUUUGCCGAGAGGAGAUGGUGACGGGGGCAAAACGCCUGCCUUGCAACCACAUCUUCCAUACCAGCUGCCUGCGGUCGUGGUUCCAGCGCCAGCAGACCUGCCCCACUUGUCGAAUGGAUGUCCUCCGCGCCUCCCUCCCCACUCAGUCUCAGGCUGCCCCCGAACAGCAGGACGGCGGGCAGCAGCAGCAGCCGCCCCAUCAGACUCCACUGAUCCCCCAGCCCCCAAACUUUCCCCAAGGCAUCCUGCCACCUUUUCCCCCAGGGAUGUUCCCCCUGUGGCCUCCCAUGGCUCCUUUCCCUCCAGUGCCUGGCGUUCAGCCACAAAACAAUGCAGAAAAUGCUUCAACGGCCGCUCCUUCCACAUCAGGAGCCCAAGGAGCAGGAACCUCAAGACCCAGGAGUGAUUCAGCCUCCACUUCUGAUGCUACAGCCUCCACUGGGACGGUUCCCGGUUUUCCCUUCCCUCCCCCUUGGAUGGGGAUGCCCUUCCCGCCUCUCUUUGGCUUCCCUCCGAUGCCAGUGCCUCCCUCUGGGUUUGCAGGGCUGACGGAAGAAGAACUGCAAGCCAUGGAAGGCCACGAACGGCAGCACUUGGAAGCCCGGCUCCAGUGCCUGCAGAACAUCCACACUCUUCUCGACGCAGCCAUGCUGCAAAUCAACCAGUACCUCACGGUGUUGGCAACUAUUGGGACACCUCGACCCGCACAGCCCCCAAGCGCUCCACCCCCCUCGACGUCCCCUCCAAAGACCCCCAGCCCUGAGCCCGACUCCGCUGAGCCCACCACCGUCUUCCAGUCUGCAGAGAGCGCCUCUUCAUUGCCAGCAGAGACAGAGGCCUCAAGCCAAGCAGGUCCCCUCUUGGAGGGUGGUGCCGAAGGUUACACAGAGCCCUCCUCCGACCACAAACCGGACGGAGAGAACUCUUUGCUGCCGGAGGAGCCAGACACAGCGGAGCUGCGCCGGCGCCGGCUCCAAAAACUAGAACUACCCUCGCCCUCUUCCCAUUGAUAGCCCUGCAGCCCCCAUGGAGCGAGCCUUGCCCUAUGCCUGAUGAGUUAAAUCAUUUAAGGGAAUCUUACUUCCCUUUUCCAUAAUAAUAAAAAAGAAGAAGAAAUGCAGCAUUCAGUGGAAGGGACAGGACGAACGAGACUGGGCAUUUUAAAACUUUUGCACCAUCAAGUGCCAAUGUGGAUGCGAAGACUGCUGGGGGCGCAGAUUACCAGGACAGGAAGGGGGAUGUGAUUGAGAUGCCUUGGUUUAUAUGUCGGAGGAGGAAACCACGGCCCUGAUCCUGUCGCAGCAAGAUGGGGGCAACAAUCCUUUUUGUAUCUUGAUCUCGACUGGGCAGACAUUCAUAGUCCACAAUACAGCCCUCCAAAAGGUCUUCCUUCCCUUCUUCCUGGCUUGGGAUGCCAUCUCAACAGCAAGGAAGCAUUGACGGGAAUAAACAGGGUGCGGGUGGCUUCUUCUACACAGAUUUCUGUUACUUUAGUUCUCUAGUUUUAUGGUUAGAUUAUUAUUAUUUUUUCUUGUUUCUUUCCUAAGCAAAAGUUGGAAGGGAAAGGAAGGAGCUCCGUGAGUUCCCUUCCCAAGUGAAAGAGUUUGGCGUCCGCCAUAAGCUUGGGCUUGACUUCUUUCUGGCCGCUUUUUUUGAGCCGAAACUAGCAAAAGGCAUAGGCAGCAGCACUUUUCAUGACUGGAACCUCCUUCAAAAGAAGAGGGGGCUCUUUUUUUCAAUGGGAUCAAGGGAAAGGUUUUUGUUAUUUCACGAGCUUGUUGGUCCUCUCUCUCCAUGGAAAUGGCUUGUUUUGCAAUGUAUUAAACAUGAAGAAUCCUCCCGAAAGUACGAAAAGGGAAAGAUUGGGGAGUCUGUGGUAUGUUGUGUCAAAAUUGAUUUGUUGGAUGGAAGCGUUGUGUGGUCUUGGGUGGCAUCCAGAGCGUAACGCAUCCAUAUUUUCUUCUUUUCUGAAAGACUGGGAUGAGAUGCAAGUUGGAUGUAACUGCAAACUGGUCCAUAAACCCGAUGGUUUCAAACCAAACAUUGCAUUGUAAGAUCGCAGAGAUAUGAGAACCUUGUGCCGUGAUCCAAGCAUUGCCGUAGAUUUCUCUCUCUUCAUGGAAAUGGCUUGUUUUGCAAUGUAUUAAACACAAAUAACCCUCCUGAAAGUAGGAAAAGGUAAA